AUUUGAAAAACGGCUGCAAAAUCAUUUCUUCCUAAAGCCUACGCUCGUGAUUGGCUCUCUCUGGUCACGUGCCAUUCUGUGUAGUCUCAAACGUGACACAUUUUUCCAAAUAUGACCUCGAAGCGCCACCUUGUGGUGCAGUCUAAUAAUGAGUUGUUAAGAAGCUAUCUGUGGUUGGAAUCCACCUUUUUAGAGGAAACAUACUCUCGAUGCAUUUGUCAAAAUUGAAAAGUCAAAAUGUCAUCAAAAGGAAUCAGUUCUAAUACUUUGAGAACAUAGUUAGAAAAUAGUUACAAAAUUGUUAUAUUUUCAACUGGGUAACUUUGUUUUUUGCAACCAAAACUUUGUCUUCUUCCCAACACUGACCUUGUUGAUCCACUUGUUACAUUUUUAUUCGGUUGUGUGAUUUUUGUUUGUUUGUUUGUUUGUUUUUUUAUCUUGGUUAAGUCAAGUUUGGCAAACUGCUUUAUAUUGUGCUAUUGUACCUAAUGGCAAAAAAAAGGGGCGUUCCUCUUACAGGUGGACCAAUCACAGCCAUGUGUUCACGUUUCUGUAUAUUUGCAUGUAUUGAAACGAGCCUCGUGAGUUGCCAGGCAGAAUUACACCUGGGACGCUGCGAGAAGAAAGAGCCAAUGAAAAGCCGAGUUGCGGUGACGCAGAGGGAGGCGGGACAUCACACCAGCGGCUCGGCUCGUUCAUUGGCCACUACCCGCUGAGCCCAUGCGACGCCAGCCAAUCGGAGGCCGUGAUUCGAUCUGGCCUGAGCCGGGAGACUGAAAGUCCGACCGUCCUGCGCGGCGCCGGCUUCUCUUAUAUAGAUAGCGUCGUGCAUCUUUUGGGUUCCCCCCCCCCCCCCCGUUCUUGUCGUGGAUGGCGAGCGUCCUCGCGUAUCUUUUCACGCUUCCUGGUGUCCGAUAAAGAGUCGUCAUGGACGUCCUGAAGUCUCUGGGCCACCCGGAGGAAAUCUACAACCUGUUGAAAUUUAAAAUGGGAGGCUGCCGAGCCGUCAUGCCCAAAUUGGAUUACGAGUCCAUGAGCCAGAGCCUGCGGACGUGUUACGUGUACCUGAACCAGACCAGCAGGAGCUUCGCGGCCGUCAUUCAGGCCCUGGACGGCGAGCUCAGACACGCCGUGUGCAUUUUCUACUUGGUGUUGCGGGCGCUGGACACGGUGGAGGACGACAUGAGCAUCCCGCUGGACACGAAGGUCCCCAUGCUGCACGAUUUCCACACCUACCUGUACCAGGACGCCUGGAGCUUCAGCGAGAGCCGCGAGAAGGACCGGCAGGUUCUGGAGGACUUCCCCACGGUCCGAUGUUUAUUUCUUUCUUUUUCCAAAUGCGUGGAAAUAAAAAGCUCGAUGGAGUCAUUUAACAAGAAGUUUAUGGUUGUGCUUUGCAGCAGUAUGAACUCAUAUUCAGAGCUUUUUUGUCACAUUUUGGUUGACACCAAUCCACAGAUAUCUUUGGAAUUCCGAAAUCUGGCUCAAGAGUACCGGGAGGUGAUCUCGGACAUCUGCCGCCGGAUGGGAGUCGGAAUGGCCGAAUUCCUGGAGAAGAAAGUGGGAUCCAUGAAGGAGUGGGACAAGUACUGCCACUACGCGGCGGGGCUGGUGGGCGUCGGCCUGUCUCGCCUGUUCUCGGCGUCGCGGCUGGAGGACCCCGAGGUGGGCCGGGACGCGGACUUGGCCGACUCCAUGGGCCUGUUCCUCCAGAAGACCAACAUCAUCCGAGACUAUCUGGAGGACACGAAGGAGGGACGCGCCUUCUGGCCGCGAGAGGCGUGGAGCCAGUUCGCGGGCCGUCUGGAGGAGUUCGCGCAGCCCGAGAAGCUGGAAUCGGCGCUGUCGUGUCUCAACCUGCUGGUCACGGACGCGCUGCGCCACGUGCCGGACGUCAUCGCCUACCUGGCCCGCCUCCGCAACCAGAGCGUCUUCAACUUCUGCGCCAUCCCUCAGGUGAUGGCGAUAGCGACGCUGUCCUCGUGCUACAACAACCCGCUGGUGUUCCAGGGCGUGGUGAAGAUCCGCAAGGGGCAGGCGGUCACGCUCAUGAUGGAGGCCACCGACAUGCCCGCCGUGCAGAACAUCAUCAGCCAGUACAGCCAAGAGAUGGCGCACAAGGUGUCGCCGGCCGACCCGUCGCGGGCCGAGACCCUGCGCGUGCUGGCGCUGAUCCGGGAGAAGUCUCGGCCGUCCGGCCCGCCCGUCAGGAACCGCCGCCUGUCGCCCGUCUACCUGUCGGCCGCCAUGCUGCUGGCCGCCGUCAGCUGGCAGUACCUCGGCGCCACGGCGGCGCAGGGUGCCGCCGACGUGCACGGACAGUAAACAAAAGAACAAAAGGACUCGUGACGGCCCCUGGGAUUCUGGGAUUCGCUUCUCCAGCGGAUGGACACGCUGCAAAUAAGCGCUAGUAGCGGGUGGUAUGGGAGGCCGUUUGAGCCACGCCUAAAAAAGAGUCAGGAAAGCUGUACCGUUCAAAAUCAGUUCAUGCUACACCUCCACAAUUCAGUGCUACAUAGUUCUCAGCAAUUCUCUUCAAAUGUUUGUAAUGUAUAGAGAAACAAAUGACACUUCACAGGGUCUCAGGAUAAGACGGAAGUGGCACUAGUAGCGGGGGAAAAAACUUUACUAGUAAGACACGGACGGUUGUUCUGGAUUGUCUCCGUAGUAAGGACAAAGCGCGUAGCAGCACCGUCAAGGCUGUCGCCGAACCUCUCCGGCCGCUCGCCGUCGCGUCGGAACCCGUUUUCCACGCACUUUGGCAUUCGCCGGCAUCUCGGACUCGCAGUUUUUAUGGUUCGCUUGCUCUUUGGCCUUUUGGGGUGUUGAAAACUCCCGCAUCCUGGUGAAAGGGCAAAUAUUUUACAGCUCCCCAAAACUCACUCAGUCCAAUUCCAGGGCUCGUACGAGGGAAAAACCGAGCCCCCGACGGCAGUUUUAUCGAGGGACACGACGACGUCGAUCGUAACGGGACGCACGGGGAAGUCUCAAGGACCCGUGGCCGACGUUGGACAGGAAGCCGCCAUUUUGGGGCAAAAUGUACUUUGACAAAUUCAUUUGGAAGAUCGGCCAUGAAAAAGCGCAGCUUCAGUGCGGGGAUUGGAUUUCCGUCGGCUUGAAUAUCCCCGUGGAAGAUUUCGGGCUCUCCAAACAAUUUGAAUUUUGUUUGGCGUUCUCUUAUCAACUCUUCUUUUGCUCAAAUUAGGUACGCAUGUAACCGUUAAGAAUAACCCAAAGCCUGUAGAAAUAUAAUGUUUAUCAUUCUGAGGUGUUUUAUACUUACAAAGGGAAAUGUUUGAAUCGUGAGGCCGCUCGCGAAGUGUCCUUUUUAAAGAACUUUGGCCAGCACAAAGACACCAAAGCUAAAAAGCUAUACCGACAUUUCUGUGUCGUGCGAUCGUCGUUAGACGUGUGUAUGUGCAUAUCGGAGCAAAUAAAAGAAGCUGGAAAGGAAA